AUGGAAACGGCUCUCAAGUCUUGGGAGCUCGACAACAACGUCAAGUUGGUCGACCCCAAGCGCGACGCCCUUUACAACCUCGACCUCGAUGCCCAGAAGGAAGCCAUGAACGCCCGCCCCUGGGCCCUCAACCCGAACCACUUCAAAAACGUCCGCAUCAGCGCCGUCGCCCUCAUCAAGAUGGUCAUGCACGCCCGUUCAGGCGGCAACCUCGAGGUCAUGGGUCUGAUGCAGGGCUACGUCAACGGCGACACCUUCAUCGUCACCGACGCCUUCCGCCUACCCGUCGAGGGCACCGAGACCCGCGUCAACGCCCAGGGCGACGCCGAAGAGUACAUGGUCGAGUACCUGAGCCUGUGCCGCGAGCAGGGCCGCAUGGAGAACGUUGUCGGAUGGUACCACUCUCACCCGGGCUACGGCUGCUGGCUGUCCGGCAUCGACGUCGGUACCCAGGCCCUACAGCAGCAGUUCCAGGAACCCUUCCUCGCCGUCGUCAUCGACCCGGACCGCACCAUCAAUGCCGGCAAGGUCGAGAUCGGCGCCUUCCGGACCUACCCCGAGAACUACGUCAAGGAGAAGGAAGGUGGCGGCGGCGCCGUCACGAGCGACGGCUGGCAGGAGGUGCCCCUUGCCAAGGCGGCCGAGUUUGGCGCCCACGCCAGUAAGUACUACAGCCUCGAGGUGUCGCACUUCAAGAGCACGCUAGAGUCGCAUCUUCUGGAGCUGUUGUGGCACAAGUACUGGGUGCAGACGCUGAGUCAGAGCCCGCUCAUCACGAACCGCGACUACGGAAACAAGCAGAUGCUCGACCUCGCGUCCCGGAUCAAGGAGACAACGACGCAGGUGGCACGGCAAGCCAGGGGCGCCUCCGGGCCCAACGCUCAUAUCGUGGGCACCAGGAAGGUCGACGGCUUGAUCGCGAAGCUCGUCAAGGACAGCAACACGGUGGCAACGCAGGAACGGACCGGCCUGGUAUCGAUGGAGGUCAAGAAGAAGAUCUUCAACGACGUGGGCGCGAAUGCGUCAUGA